GCAGAGUCAGCAGGUGGAGAGAUACGUGUACGAACUGAUCGAGGAGCUGAAGAGGAAGAUGAAGACUGUGGAGACUGUUAACCUCGAGACUCGCUGUCUGUCAUGUCUCCCUUGUCGUUUCUACAACCUGAUUGGUCAGCUCUGUUACCGCAGCACUGAAGCUCUGGUCAAAGCCACCAGAUCCUCCCUGGAGGCCCUGAGGAGGAGACUUCAUGUCUCCAAAAAACAGCCACACUUUUCCUCCUCCUUGGUGUCUUCCUCCAGCGGUGCCCAGCCAGCUCCUCCUCCACCUCUCCUCACAACCUCCAUCCAGCUUGCAAUCCCCAACAUGGUCCUCAGACCCAGUCUGGAUGACAUUCAGUCUGUGGUGAAUAAGCUGGUGGGCGUCGUGCUGUCUGUGACCAAAGACGUCCCUCUGUGGACUUACUCUCACCUGCAGUACAAACAGCAGCAGGCGGAGCAGGCGGCGGGUCGUAGCGGAGGAGAGGACGUGGCAGUGAAGCCAGGGUGCUGCGAGCGCUGGACAGACAGCUGGCUGAACACAAAGACAUCAGCAGGUCAGUAA